ACUGGAGCCGGAGCCACUUAUCAGAAAUGAGAGGGGUUUUGUGCCUUUUCCAUUCAGUUUGUGUUGUGUUUGCUGCGCUGCUCUCGGUUGUGGUGCAAGCUAGCUCAUAGACAACGCUGACUGUUGGAGUUCACACAGUCGUCUGGCCUGUUUUUACUGAGCGGCAUUUGUGUCCGACUGCGCUUCCGCCAUGUUGAACUGAUUCAAGUUGUGACUGCUGGAACUGAGGUGACAAGCCCCAGACAUCGGACUAACGUUAGAGAGAGUUAGGGGGCUGUUACCGCGCCGGUGACGCAGGAAAAACACCCAGAAGCAGAGGGGAAAACGUAGGAAUUAGAUCUUUCUAGCAACAGAUUUUGGGUCCCGCGAAACUGUCCCUGAUAUAGGCCACGUUUAUGUAAUAUACGACAUCGUUCAAUGCUGGACGUAGCCCGUGAAUAAAGGGGGAAGUCAUAUCAAAUUCCUGGUUAUGCAAUGGUCUCAGCGGCACAUCCAGAUCUCCAGGUGCUUGUGUCCCUCUCUCGUGUGUUCGGCCUCUCUUCCCUCUGCUCUACAGCUGAGGUGGCUGUGAUUUCCCUCCUGGCCAGCGCUCCCUAAGAGGCCAAGAUUGCCAAGAUCUGCCCUGUGGCGAGCAUGACAGCCACCACGCGUGGCUCUCCGGUGGGGGGCAAUGACAGUCAGGGCCAGGGCCAGGCACCUGAUGCUCAGAGCCAGCCCCCCCUACCACAGAACCAGACAUCAUCUCCGAACUCAUCUAAUGAGAACUCUCCAGUAAGCCCACCAGAUGAGCAGGGCCAGGGAGAUGGCCCCCCUCAGCUGGAAGAGGAGGAGCCCGCCUUCCCUCACACUGACCUAGCCAAGCUGGAUGAUAUGAUCAACAGGCCUCGUUGGGUCGUUCCAGUUUUGCCAAAAGGAGAGUUAGAAGUCCUCUUGGAAGCUGCUAUUGACCUGAGUAAAAAAGGACUGGAUGUGAAGUGUGAGGCAUGUCAGAGGUUUUUCCGAGAUGGUCUGACCAUCUCCUUCACAAAGAUCCUGACAGACGAGGCAGUCAGUGGCUGGAAGUUUGAGAUUCAUAGGUGCAUCAUCAAUAACACACACCGGUUGGUGGAACUGUGUGUGGCCAAGCUCUCUCAGGACUGGUUCCCUCUACUGGAGCUGCUGGCCAUGGCCACCAACCCUCACUGCAAGUUCCACAUCUACAAUGGCACACGGCCCUCUGAGACUGUCCCCGCUGGAGCACAGCUGGCUGACGAUGAGCUCUUCGCCCGACCACCAGACCCACGCUCUCCUAAGGGCUGGUUGGUGGACUUAAUAAACAAAUUUGGAACGUUAAACGGGUUUCAAAUGUUGCACGAUCGCUUCAUGAGCGGCCAAGCACUGAACGUCCAGAUCAUCGCUGCACUUAUCAAGCCUUUUGGCCAGUGUUACGAGUUCCUCACAUUGCACACGGUAAAGAAGUACUUCCUUCCAGUCAUCGACAUGGUUCCCCAGUUUCUAGAGAAUCUUACAGAUGAGGAGCUAAAGAAAGAGGCCAAGAAUGAAGCCAAAAACGACGCACUGUCCAUGAUAAUCAAGUCUCUGAAGAAUCUGGCUUCUCGUGUACCAGGGCAGGAGGAGACCGUGAAGAAUUUAGAGAUUUUUAGAUUGAAAAUGAUUCUUAGGUUAUUGCAAAUUUCUUCUUUUAAUGGCAAAAUGAAUGCACUAAAUGAAGUUAACAAGGUGAUCUCCAGUGUGUCCUACUACACUCAUCGGCAUAACCCUGAAGAGGAAGAGUGGCUGACUGCAGAGCGCAUGGCGGAGUGGAUCCAGCAGAACCACAUCCUGUCCAUUGUGCUGAGGGACAGUUUGCACCAGCCGCAGUAUGUAGAGAAACUAGAGAAGAUCCUUCGCUUCGUUAUCAAAGAAAAAGCUCUUACAAUGCAGGAUCUGGACAACAUCUGGGCGGCACAGGCCGGUAAGCAUGAGGCCAUUGUGAAGAAUGUCCAUGACCUCCUGGCCAAGCUGGCAUGGGACUUCUCACCUGAGCAACUCGAUCACCUUUUUGACUGUUUCAAGUCAAGCUGGACCAAUGCCAGCAAGAAGCAGCGUGAAAAACUGCUGGAACUUAUCCGUCGCUUGGCUGAGGAUGAUAAGGAUGGGGUGAUGGCCCACAAGGUCCUCAACCUGCUGUGGAACCUGGCACACAGCGAUGAUGUGCCUGUAGACAUCAUGGACCAGGCUCUUAGUGCUCACAUCAAAAUAUUAGAUUACAGUUGUUCACAGGACAGAGACACACAGAAGAUUCAGUGGAUAGAUCGCUUCAUAGAGGAGCUACGAACCAAUGACAAAUGGGUGAUCCCUGCCCUGAAGCAAAUAAGAGAAAUCUGUAGCCUCUUUGGAGAAGCCCCUCAAAACCUUAGAAAGAAAAUGCCAAUUAACAUACAAACGAACUUAGUGGGUCAAACCCAGAGAAGUCCUCAUGUGUUUUACCGCCAUGACCUGAUCAACCAACUACAGCACAACCAUGCUCUGGUCACGCUGGUGGCUGAGAACCUCUCGGCCUACAUGGAGACCAUGAGGCAGUUCUCCAAAGAAGAACAAGCUGAGUUUGACCCCCAGACGGUCCGACCAGGAAGCCGCUACAGCCAUGUACAGGAAGUGCAGGAAAGACUUAACUUCCUGAGGUUCCUGCUGAAAGAUGGCCAGCUGUGGCUAUGUGCCCCUCAGGCCAAACAGAUCUGGAAGUGUCUGGCUGAGAACGCAGUGUUUCUGUGUGACCGUGAGGCCUGCUUCAAAUGGUACUCUAAGCUGAUGGGUGAUGAACCAGAUCUGGACCCAGACAUCAAUAAGGACUUCUUUGAGAACAACGUUCUGCAGUUGGACCCAUCUCUGCUGACAGAGAAUGGCAUGAAAUGCUUUGAGAGGUUCUUUAAGGCUGUCAACUGCAGGGAAGGCAAGCUGGUGGCAAAGCGCAGGGCCUACAUGAUGGAUGACCUGGAACUAAUAGGCUUGGACUACCUCUGGAGGGUGGUAAUUCAAGGAAGUGAUGACAUUGCCAGCAGAGCUAUAGACCUGCUGAAAGAGAUCUACACCAACCUUGGACCAAAACUGCAAGUCAAUCAGGUUGAAAUUCACGAAGAUUUCAUUCAGUCAUGUUUUGACCGUCUGAAGGCGUCCUAUGACACCCUGUGUGUGUUAGAUGGAGACAAAGACAGCAUCAACUGCGCCCGUCAGGAGGCUAUCCGCAUGGUGCGAGUUCUCACUGUGCUCAAAGAGUACAUCAAUGAGUGUGACAGUGACUAUCACGAGGAGAGGACUAUACUGCCUAUGUCAAGAGCUUUCCGUGGGAAGCAUAUCACAUUGAUUGUCCGUUUCCCCAACCAGGGGCGUCAGGUAGAUGACUUGGAUAUCUGGUCACACACUAAUGAUACAAUCGGCUCGGUUCGGCGUGGCAUCCUCAACAGGAUCAAAGCUAAUGCAGCACAUACCAAGAUUGAGCUCUUCAUUGGUGGGGAGGUUGUUGAUCCUGCUGACGACAGGAAGCUGAUUGGACAGCUCAAUUUGAAGGACAAAGGGGCCAAAGGCCCCGGGUUGUCGCUCAUCCGCAAAUCCCUUCCUGGGCAGGGGCUGAGGGGCUGCAACCUCAACUGCCAUGAAAAAAAUUCCUCCAUCAAACAUGGGGCCGGCUGGGGGUUACUCAAUGCGCUUAAAAUCGCCAAAACUCCCCAUGCUGUAGGUUUUGGGCAUGUGAAGGCUGUGGCUGAGGCCUGCCAGCCCAACGCUGAGGGAAAUAUACCUGUCUCACCGAUUAACCAGGCCACUCAUGACCAAGCCCUGGUCCUCCAGAGUGCCCUGCAAAACAUCCCUAAUCCUGCCUCAGAAUGCAUGCUACGCAAUGUAGCCAUCCGUCUGGCCCAGCAGAUCUCCGAUGAAGUAACAGAAAAUAAUUUCUUCCAGGCAUCGAAGUACAUCCCAGACAUCUGUGUGAUCCGAGCAGUACAGAAAAUAGUGUGGGCAUCAGGCUGUGGUACAGUGCAACUCGUCUUCAGUUCAAAUGAAGAAAUCAGCAAGAUAUAUGAGAAGACAAAUGCAGCUAAGGAGCCAGAUGGGGAAGAUGAGCAGGUGUGUUGCGAGGCCCUGGAGGUGAUGACACUGUGUUUUGCCCUUAUGCCCACGGCUCUGGAUACUCUCAGUAAGGAGAAGGCUUGGCAGACCUUCAUCAUAGACUUGCUGCUACACUGCCACAGCAAAUCUGUGCGUCAAAUGGCCCAGGAGCAGUUUUUCCUGAUGGCAACUAGGUGCUGUAUGGGCCAUCGACCUCUCCUUUUCUUUAUCACCCUUCUCUUCACUGUGCUGGGGAGUACAGCCAAGGAGCGAGCCAAACAUGCUGGAGACUACUUCACUUUACUCAGACAUCUUCUGAACUAUGCCUAUAACAGCAACAUCAACCUGCCAAAUGCUGAGGUCCUGCUCAACAAUGAGAUUGACUGGCUGAAGCGGAUAAGGGAUGAGGUUAAGAGGACAGGGGAGACUGGUGUGGAGGAGACCAUCCUGGAGGGUCACCUUGGGGUUACCAAAGAGCUUCUAGCCUUCCAAACACCAGAGAAGAAGUAUUACAUUGGCUGCGAGAAAGGAGGAGCAAACCUCAUUAAGGAGCUGAUUGACGACUUCAUCUUCCCAGCAUCUAAUGUGUACCUGCAGUACAUGAAAAGUGGGGAGUUUCCCACUGAGCAGGCCAUCCCUGUGUGCAGCACCCCUGCUUCUAUCAACGCUGGCUUUGAGCUCCUGGUAGCACUGGCUGUUGGAUGUGUUCGCAAUCUCAAGCAAAUAGUCGACACCCUGACUGACAUGUACUACUUAGGUUGUGAGACACUGACCGAGUGGGAAUACUUGCCUCCGGUGGGGCCACGUCCCAACAAAGGCUUUGUGGGUUUGAAGAAUGCCGGGGCCACCUGUUAUAUGAACUCUGUCAUUCAGCAGCUGUACAUGAUUCCUCCAAUCCGCAAUGGCAUCCUGGCCAUUGAGGGCACAGGCACUGAUGUGGAUGAUGACAUGUCAGGGGAUGAGAAGCAGGAGAAUGAGAGUAACGUGGAUCCUCGUGAUGAGGUGUUCAGCUACCACCAUCAGUUUGACGAUAAACCCUCCAGUAAGUCAGAGGACAGGAAAGAGUAUAACAUUGGAGUACUACGUCACCUACAGGUCAUUUUUGGACAUCUGGCUGCGUCCAGACUUCAGUACUAUGUCCCCAGGGGAUUCUGGAAACAGUUCAGGUUAUGGGGUGAGCCAGUGAACUUGCGGGAGCAGCAUGAUGCUCUGGAGUUUUUUAACUCUUUAGUGGACAGUCUGGAUGAAGCUUUGAAAGCCCUGGGCCACCCCGCCAUGCUGAGCAGGGUGCUGGGAGGGUCCUUCGCUGCAAAGAUCUGUCAGGGAUGCCCCCACAGGUAUGAGUGCGAGGAGUCGUUCACAACACUCAAUGUAGAUAUCAGAAACCACCAGAACCUGUUGGACUCCAUGGAGCAGUAUGUUAAAGGAGAUCUGCUUGAGGGAGCCAAUGCCUACCACUGUGAGAAGUGUAAUAAGAAGGUGGACACGGUGAAGCGCCUGCUGAUAAAGAAGCUGCCACCUGUCCUGGCCAUCCAGCUGAAGCGCUUUGACUAUGACUGGGAGAGGGAGUGUGCCAUCAAGUUCAAUGACUACUUUGAAUUCCCCAGGGAGCUGGACAUGGAGCCAUACACGGUAGCUGGUGUGGCCAAGCUAGAGGGUGAUGACGUCAACCCAGAGAACCAGGUGAUCCAACAGAAUGAGCCCUCUGAACCCACACCUCCCGGAAGUUCCAAGUAUCGUCUGGUGGGAGUGCUGGUCCACUCAGGCCAGGCCAGUGGCGGGCACUACUAUUCCUACAUAAUCCAGAGGAACGGAGGCGAUGGGGAGAAGAACCGCUGGUAUAAGUUUGAUGAUGGUGAUGUGACUGAGUGCAAGAUGGAUGAUGAGGAGGAGAUGAAGAACCAGUGCUUUGGAGGGGAAUACAUGGGCGAGGUGUUUGAUCAUAUGAUGAAAAGGAUGUCGUACCGGAGGCAAAAGCGCUGGUGGAAUGCCUACAUUCUAUUCUAUGAGCGUAUGGACUCUUUGGACAAGGACAGCGAGCUGGUCAAAUACAUCUCGGAGUUGACCAUCUCCUCCACCAAGCCACAUCAGGUCAAGAUGCCUGGUGUCAUCGAGUGCAGCGUCCGCAAGCAGAACGUCCAAUUCAUGCACAACCGAAUGCAAUACAGCCUGGAAUAUUUCCAGUUCAUUAAGAAACUUCUGACCUGUAACAGUGUCUAUUUAAACCCUCCUCCAGGGCAAGACCAUCUUCUGCCAGAGGCAGAGGAGAUUGCUAUGAUAAGUGCUCAGCUGGCUGCUAGGUUCCUCUUCAGCACAGGUUUUCACACCAAGAAAGUAGUAAGGGGUCCUGCCAGUGACUGGUAUGACGCCCUCUGCAUCCUGCUGAGACACAGUAAGAAUGUACGCUAUUGGUUUGCACACAAAGUCCUGUUUGCUUACCCAAACCGGUUCUCAGAGUAUCUGCUAGAGUGCCCGAGCGCUGAGGUCCGUGGUGCAUUUGCCAAGCUCAUUGUCUUUAUCGCUCACUUCUCCUUGCAAGACGGCCCGUGCCCCUCCCCCACCGCCUCGCCUGGACCCUCAACUCAGGGCUGUGAUAACCUCAGUCUAAGUGACCACCUGUUGAGAGCUGUGCUCAACCUGCUCCGAAGAGAGGUUUCGGAACACGGCCGUCACCUGCAGCAGUACUUUAACCUCUUUGUCAUGUAUGCCAAUCUGGGCCUGGCAGAAAAGACCCAGUUGUUGAAGCUGAAUGUCCCAGCCACUUUCAUGUUGGUCGCUCUAGACGAGGGUCCCGGCCCUCCCAUUAAGUAUCAGUACGCUGUGGGCAAGCUCUACACUGUGGUCUCCCAGCUGGUCCGUUGCUGUGACGUCUCUUCGCGCAUGCAGUCCUCAAUCAAUGGUAACCCUCCUCUUCCUAACCCGUAUGGUGAUACCAACCUGACGGCCCCAGUGAUGCCUGUACAACAGCUGGUAGCAGAAAUCCUGUUUGUGAGGACCAGUUACGUGAAGAAGAUAAUCGAGGACUGCAGCAACUCUGAGGAGACAGUGAAGCUGCUUCGCUUCAGCUGCUGGGAGAACCCUCAGUUCUCCUCCACUGUGCUCAGUGAGCUGCUCUGGCAGGUGGCGUACUCCUACACCUAUGAGCUGAGGCCUUACCUGGACUUGCUGCUACAGAUCCUACUCAUCGAGGACUCCUGGCAGACACACAGGAUUCACAAUGUGCUGAAGGGCAUUCCUGAUGACAGAGAUGGGCUCUUUGACACUAUCCAGCGCUCCAAGAACCACUACCAGAAACGAGCCUACCAGUGCAUUAAGUGCAUGGUGGCCCUCUUCAGCAACUGCUCUGUGGCCUACCAGAUCCUACAGAGUAAUGGUGACCUGAAAAGAAAGUGGACGUGGGCAGUGGAGUGGUUAGGGGACGAGCUGGAGAGGAGGCCAUACACAGGGAACCCCCAGUACACCUACAACAACUGGUCCCCUCCGGUUCAGAGCAACGAGACCUCCAACGGCUAUUUCCUGGAGCGGUCGCACAGUGCACGUAUGACCCUUGCCAAGGCCUGUGAACUUUGUCCCGAGGAGCUCAAGUGUACUCAGGGAAGCCCAGGGAAGGAGCCAGAUGAACAGGAAGCACCGGAUGAUCAAGACUCUUCCCCACCCGAAGACACCUCUCUGUACCCACACUCUCCUGGGACCACACAGUUUCAGCAGAACAACCACCCCCAUGGGCAGCCGUACACUGGGCCUGCUGCUCAGCACAUGAACAACCCUCAGCGUCCUGGUCCUGCCUCUGCCCCGACUCCAGGCCCGACCCAGACCACCCCCACCCCAGGUCCUGGUCCCACUCCUGGCCCAGGCCCACGAGCACAAGAGAACUGGGAGAGCACCGAGGACGUCGCCCCCGCCCCUGCACCCACCCCGGCCCCGGCCCCUGCCCCCGCCUCAGCCCCCGCCCCCACCACCUCUACUACCCCAACGCCUGCCCCGCCUAAGGAGUAACGACCCCUACCCCUCUGCUGUGCCUCGAGCCUCCAUCGUCCCGCUCUCCUUCCUCUCAUCCUUCGGUCAACAGAGCUGCUCGUCGGGCCUCUGUCUCUCUCUCUCUACUUCUCUCUGGCCCCAGGGCAGGGCAGAGCCAGGCCUCCCAUCCCCUCUCCAGGCCUCUGCUCCCCCGUCGGCCUGUGGGGGGGCUCUUCCCUGGCCUGGGGCUUCUUGACCGUGUGACAGGGCCCUACUGGUGGCUGCAGAGGCGAGGGAGUGGACAAGAGUUCUAAUAAAGAAAAACAAAUUUACCCAGAGCUGACGAUGCUGAUGCGCUUGUCUACACGACAAAAAGGUGUACAUAGUAUGUUAAUGUUUUUGACUGUUCAGAUCCCCCAGUAGCAUAACUCAGUGUUUGCUGUUGGGAGAUGUUGCAGAUAUUAUGAAAAACAAAAUGGAAAUUAUAAAUAAGAAAAAUGCCCCAAAAAAAAAAAGAAGACAACAACUCCUCUUUGUUUUAUCACCCAUGCUCAGCAGUAAAGUUUGUUCUACCAUUGGACGGUUACUGGUCAUUCAACUGUAGAAGGAUGCAUUGUUAUUAUCAUAAUUAUAUUAUUAUUCUUAAGCUCCUUGGCAACCUUACGACCCAUGCCAAAUCAACUCACAAGCUGUGGUUGGUUUUAGUGUGAGAUAUGGAAUGGUUGGGUGGACUUUUACAGUGUUUGGUUGAUGUGAAAAAGCAGUGAUGCAACAUUGUUCUGAAUCUCAUUGCCUUUCUUUUUUUUCUUUUUUUUUUUUCUUCUUCUUUUUGUUCUGGUAAUUAAUUCAAUCCUUUUUGAAGCUCUAUUUAAUAUGCUGUAACAUUUAGCAUGGCUUCUCACCAGAAUAGUGUAGCCCAAGGGAAGACUUGUGAUCAUAACAACCUAAAGCUGUUCUUAAUCCACAUCUCCAGAGGGGUGUUGUUACCCUUUAGGUUUGUUUUUUUUCGUCUUUUUUUUUUUCUACUCAUCUACCCUAUCUACAAUGAGGGCGAUAUUUUGAACCGAUGUAUGAAUAAGUGGCUUUUCAAUUGCACAUUAUAAUCCUCCAACUUCAACAUUUGGCAGUCAGUUUUGGUGGGAUAGACGGCUUAGCUUUCAUCUUAAAGAAUUCUGAAAAAUAAAACACAUAUGCAACAGAAUCGCUGCACUGGGUUAUCUGGUGUAAAAUAGACUGUGUGGUUUGCUUCGGUCUCUUCAAUAGCGUCUAGUUGUAGACAGACUGUUGCCCGUCGGCUUCCUUUCUGCCGUGGAGCUGGUCAGGUUUGGCGUCUCGGCUGUGUUUCGGGAUGAAGUUGGCAGCAGUGAGACCCUCGCCCUGUCGCUCUACAGAGUAUAGGUUCCACAGCAGGGUCGUACCGUAAGAAUAGCAGCUGGUUAGUCAUGUUGCAACUUGAGCUAACUUGUAAUUCUGUAGGAGUAAAAGGUAAACAUCAGUAAAUACUGUAUUUAAUUGGUAACUUGAAUGCAUGUAUUUUUUGAAUUUCUUUUUUUUUUUUGUCUAAAACAUACCAAAUACUCCUGCAAAUGAAAAUAUUCUGCCCAUCGUAUUAUAUUUAAAUAUUUUGCUCUUAUUUUAUAGAAUUUAUUUUGUUGUAUUUCACUAAAAAAUAGAAUUUGAUUUAAGAGGAACAUUUUUGUCCUUGUGUUAUUUUUAAAGAAGAUAUUGACUGUACAGAGUUCUGCGCCCUGUUUUUUGCCGACUUUUGUUUUGGCCAUGGUGUGACGUUGAAUUCUGGAGCUACAGUCGCGAUGUGGACUUUCACUUUGUGAGGUUUUUUGUGCACAGAAAUAUAACAAAAAAAGCAUUGCGCCCUUAGCAAAUAAAGAACAUGGAAUCUUG